AUGGAUCCUAGAUCAUCGGCACCUAAGGCCGGGGCCACGGACGCAAUAACCAGCAUGCUGACAACCUACAACGACCUCAACAGCAGCAACAUCGAUGAGCUGACCUUCACCCCGUCCCCGCUAGAGUUCAUGCGUUUUGUGUCCCGCAACAGACCAUUCAUCGUUCGUGGUGGCGCAUCUACCUGGACUGCGGCAAAAAUAUGGAAUGUUGCGAGGCUAAAGGAGCGGAUGGGUGACGCAACGGUGGAAGUUGCUGUCACGCCCAAGGGCAAUGCGGAUUCUCCCACCACGGACGAGGAGGGGAACCUGAUAUUUGCCAAACCCCACGUAGAGGAGCAGGACUUUGGAGAAUUCAUAGAUUUCGUUACGAGACAGGAGAAGAGCGGUAUCCGCAGGAACGAAGGGGAAGAAAUAAGAUACGCACAAACACGUAUAAACCCCCCCUUUUCCUUUUCCUCGCCUGUCGAGUCCGAAGAAAGACCAUUAACUCCCAAACCUCAAAAUAUAGAAAACGACAAUCUCCGCAACGAAUAUGCCCCUCUCUUCUCAGAUGUAGAAAAAGACAUCCCCUGGGCUCGUAUAGCGCUCCAGCAGCAUCCUGAAGCUAUCAAUCUCUGGAUCGGAAACUCGCAUUCUGUGACAGCACUGCACAAGGACAAUUAUGAGAACAUAUAUGUUCAAGUCCUAGGGAAGAAACAUUUUGUUCUGCUGCCGCCUUUGGCCUAUGCUUGUGUUGCUGAGCGGGAAUUGACGCCUGCUUCAUAUGUUAGGGCUGGCGAUGGAAGCGGAAGGUUGGAAAUUUCAAGAGAGGAGGGCGAAAAGGUCCCUUUUGCAACUUGGGAUCCUGAUGGAGGUGGAGCAGAGACGAAGUAUGAGAAGUAUGCCAGACCUAUGAGGUUUGUGUUGAAUGGUGGGGAUAUGUUGUACUUGCCUGCUCUCUGGUAUCACAAAGUCUCGCAGUCUUGUAAUGAAGAAGGUAUCUGCUGUGCAGUGAAUUACUGGUGA